UUGCAUAAAUUACUUAAGCAACUCUGACGGAAACCGCAUGAACUACGAAUGUACGGCUAGAAACGGCCGACUCCGGUAGCCAACAAAAAUGGCGCUGUUGAAGGCAAGAAAGGCAUUCAAGGUUUGACGCGUGAAAAAUGAAAAAUGGGAGCAAAUGGAUCAUUGUUGGAGAAGGAGAUAGGUCACGAUCAGUUUCCAUCAAAUGAACACUACUUUGGUCUUGUAAAUUUUGGCAAUACCUGCUACUGCAACUCGGUGCUCCAAGCGCUCUACUUCUGCAAGCCGUUUCGGGAGAAAGUGCUGGAGUACAAGGCUCGUAACAAGCGCACGAAGGAGACGCUGCUCACGUGCCUGGCUGACCUGUUCCACAGCAUCGCCAACCAGAAGAAGAAGACGGGCACCAUUGCUCCCAAGAAGUUCAUAGCGCGGCUGCGCAAGGAGAACGAGCUCUUCGACAACUACAUGCAGCAGGAUGCGCACGAGUUCCUCAACUACCUGCUGAACACCAUCGCCGACAUCCUGCAGGCCGAGAAGCAGCAACUGCAGCAGAACUCUCAGGCCAACGCCAAGGGCAACAAGUGCACCAGCAGCGGAGACGCGGCGCAUCCUGCGGCGGGUGCCCCCAUAGCGUCAGCUGGUGCCACGGCGCAGGGCAUGCAGAACCAGGUUGGGGGCGCUGCCCAGCCCCCUAAGCCCGAGCCCACGUGGGUGCACGACAUUUUUCAGGGAACCCUCACCAAUGAGACACGGUGCCUCAACUGUGAGACGGUGAGCAGCAAGGAUGAGGAUUUCCUGGACCUCUCUGUGGACGUGAGCCAAAACACAUCCAUAACCCAUUGCCUAAGAGGAUUUAGCAACACCGAAACGCUCUGCAGCGAACACAAGUACUACUGCGAAAAUUGCUGCAGUAAGCAAGAGGCGCAAAAAAGGAUGAGGGUAAAGAAGCUGCCCAUGAUACUUGCAUUACACUUGAAGCGUUUCAAGUACACGGAGCAGCAAAAUAGGCACACCAAACUGUCUUACAGGGUGGUCUUCCCCCUUGAACUAAGGUUAUUCAAUACGUCGGAUGAUGCCUACAACCCUGACCGGAUGUACGAUCUGGUGGCGGUAGUCAUCCACUGUGGAAGUGGUCCCAACAGGGGACACUACAUCUCCAUAGUGAAAAGCCAUGGCCUUUGGCUCCUUUUCGAUGAUGACAUUGUUGAUAAAAUCGACGCGACGGCAAUUGAGGACUUCUACGGCCUCACGUCGGACACGCCAAAGACAUCGGAGUCGGGCUACAUCCUCUUUUACCAGUCAAGGGAGUGAGUCUUCACCGGCUUGGAGCGACAGGAACAGAGGGGUGUGAGGUUCCCCAGCGUGCACACUGUGUCCCUUGCCAGAGUAGCGUCAAAUUUCGCCCUCUCUCACCCUGGCCGCCACUGACCAACGUGUGCAAUAGAGGCAGGUCCGGGAGCAGAGGCGGCGGCCAUCUUUCUUGUCACCGUGUCACACGAGGAAGCAUUGAACUCUGGACAGAUAUCUGCACAACGGCACAGCGGCGCAAGACUCGUUGCAUUUUGUAAAGGAAAGGUCGGUGAAGCGGUCUGAUGCUGAGGCGCAAAGAGGAAAAUGCGGCAUCUCAGCCAUAGCAGGGCUGGUAGAGUUUAUUGCGGCUGUAGAGGAAAUUUUGUCAGAACAAACUGUGUGUAAAUAAUAAAGUUUUUUUUUUUUUUA